GGCAUUCCCCCGUCCUGUUGGUCCUUAGGCAUUUCCCUUCUCUCUGUGGCCGCCAAUUUCUCCCCCUGCAAUACUACAAGUAAAUAAUGGCUCUCAAGGCCGUCCAGAUCGCCGGCAUAGGCAUUCCCAAUGUCGGGGGUCAGGUCCCUGAGAAUGCUUCUCUCUGUUCCACCCGCUUUCCCCAAGGGGUGGAAAUGGGGAGAGGCGGAGGUUUGAGGCCUGCAAAAUUUGUGGUGAUCGGGCACAGAGGGAACGGAAUGAAUGUUUUGCAGUCGCCGGAUCGGAGAAUGAAGGCCUUCAAGGAGAACUCCAUUCUCUCUUUCAAUGCCGCCGCCGACUACUUGGUUGAUUUCAUCGAGUUUGAUGUCCAGGUCACCAAGGAUGACUGCCCUGUCAUUUUUCACGAUGAUUUCAUCCUUUCCAAAGAGAACGAUAUGAUAUCGGAGAAGAGAAUCACGGAGUUGAGCUUGGCUGAAUUCCUGAGCUACGGGCCUCAAAAAGGGAGCGGGAGCGGUGGGAAACCUCUGGUGCGAAAAACAAUAGACGGCAAAGUUGUUGGGUGGUGUGUGGAAAUCGACGACGCCUUAUGCACCCUGCAAGAGGCCUUGGAGAAAGUAAACCCCAGCCUGGGAUUCAACAUCGAGUUAAAAUUCGACGACUACCUGGAUUACGAGGAAGAGGAGCUCCUCCGGGUGCUCCGCCGGGUGUUGCAAGUGGUUAGGGAUCACGGCAAGGACAGGCCGAUCCUGUUCUCCACGUUCCAGCCGGACGCCGCCCUGCUGGUGAAGAAACUGCAGAGCGCGUAUCCGGUGUUGUUCCUCACCAAUGGCGGCACCGAGGUUUACUCCGACGUGCGGAGGAAUUCGUUGGAGGAAGCCGUUAAGCUGUGCGUGGAAGGUGGGUUGGAAGGGGUUGUGUCGGAGGUGAAGGGCGUGUUUAUGAACCCAGGCGCAGUGAAGAAGAUGAAGGAAUCCAAUCUCUCCCUCUUCACAUACGGCAAAUUAAACAACGUGGCCGAGGCAGUUUACAUCCAACAUUUGAUGGGCAUUGAUGGAGUGAUUGUGGAUUUUGUCCAAGAAAUUACCCAGGCCGUAGGACACAUGUUGAAGCCGCCUUCCUCCGACUCCGAGGAAGAAGAGCAAAACCCCCAAUUCUCGCCCAUGGAGAUGUCCUUUUUGAUGAAGCUAAUACCACAACUCCUCAUACAACAACAUUAAUCAUUUCCUUCCUUAAUUAACAAUCCUUAACCGCAGAUCGAGUAACUCUAACCGAUUGGCGCAUCCAACGUGACUCUUCCCCCCAAAUCCACCCAUCUGCACUGCACACCUUCAUCAAUCUUGUACUCUACAUUAUUGUUGUUCUUGUUGUACUCUACUCUUAGGUAAUUUAAUUUGGAAGUAUAUUAAGGUAAA